UGCAGUUGGUGUGCCGUUGCCAAGGCGAUCACGGACCUCUUUUCUUUCUUUGCUGGAGUGGAGAAGGGGAAUGUCUGGUUCCAGGAAGGAGUUUGACGUGAAGCAGAUUUUACGAAUUCGAUGGAGGUGGUUCGGUCACCCGACGUCCCCACCGCCCCACAGCCAGCCACUGGGCGACUUCUUUAGCGGGAGGAGUACAGGGAGUUCAGCGGAAAACCCCUCCAUGAGUGGGGGUGCCAGCAACUCCAACAACAUAAUCAGUAGCGGUAGCAGUAGCAAUAUUAGUGGCGCUUCUUGUACCAACAGCAGUAAUACCAGAAAGUUUUUGGACUCGUCAAGCAAUUCUGUGGCUUUGGCCGCAAGUGCUUCUGGUUGUCGCCGCUCAUUUAGCCAUCAGGACUGUCGGAGCCCACCAACCCUUCCGUGGGUCGCCUCCCCACCGCCGGAGAUUCCAGUCCAGGAGUUAGCAAACGAAGCUUGCGCUUCGUCCCAGCAGCAUCAUCCGGAGGCAGAGACAGAGGAAACCGGUGGAAGUGAAGAGGACCACAAUAAUAUUGAUUCCGAUUCCAGCUCCUGCAGGACGUCCAACAGCACUCAGACCAUCUCCUCAUGCCACACCAUGGAGCCCUGUGGGCCGGAGGAGCUGUUCCAGGCCAAGAGCCACGCAGAGCACACCUUCCACAAGAUGGAGAGCUACCUGAGGCACAAGCAGCUGUGUGACGUGGUGCUGCUGGUGGGGGAGCGCAGGAUCCCGGCCCAUAGACUGGUUCUAUCCUCGGUGUCAGAUUACUUCGCCGCCAUGUUCACCAGUGACGUCAGGGAGGCCAAGCAGGAGGAGGUGAAGAUGGAGGGCGUGGACCCAGAUGCAUUAUGGGAACUGGUGCAGUAUGCAUAUUCCGGGCGCCUGGAACUGCGGGAGGAGACGAUCGAGAGUCUGCUGUCGGCUUCCUGUCUGCUGCAGCUGCCUGCCGUGGUCAAGGCCUGCUGCUCCUUCCUCGCCAAACAGCUCCAUCCCUCAAACUGCCUGGGCAUCCGCUCCUUCGCCGACGCCCAGGGCUGCACGGAUCUGCAUGGGCUGGCACAUGACUACACCAUGGAGCACUUUCUGGAGGUGAAGAAGAACCAGGAGUUCCUCUUGCUGCCGCCAGCGGAGAUGGAGAAGCUCCUGUCCUCCGAAGACAUGAACGUUCCGGACGAGGAGACGGUUCUGGGGGCCCUGCUGGGCUGGGUGCAGCACGACGUCACGCAGCGACGGCAACACCUGCCUGAUCUCCUGGCGCACAUUCGGCUCCCCCUCCUGGCCCCGCAGUUUCUAGUGGACAUGGAGUCGAACCCGCUGCUUCAGGAGAGCGUGGAGUGUCAGCGCCUGGUGAUGGAGGCCAUGAGGUACCACCUCCUGCCAGACCGUCGGCCCCAGCUCCAGAGCCCUCGCACCCGGCCGCGCAAGGCCACGGUCGGAGCGCUGUUCGCUGUGGGCGGCAUGGACGGCACCAAAGGUGCCACCAGUAUCGAACAGUACUGUCUGCGCAGGAACGUGUGGAGGCAGGUGGCGGUGAUGAGCGGUCGGAGGCUGCAGUUCGGCGUGGCUGUGCUGGAGGACCGCCUCUACGUGGUGGGAGGGCGGGACGGACUGAAGACCCUCAACACCGUGGAGUGUUAUAACCCCCGCAGCAAGAGCUGGAGCGUCAUGCUUCCAAUGUCCACUAACCGACACGGCCUGGGAGUGGCAGUGCUCGGGGGGCCCAUGUACGCGGUGGGGGGCCAUGACGGAUGGAGUUACCUCAGCACGGUGGAGCGCUGGGACCCUCAGGCACGCCAGUGGAGCUUUGUGGCUAGCAUGGCUACGCCCCGAAGCACUGUGGGCGUAUCUGUGCUCAACAACAAACUGUACGCGGUGGGCGGGCGGGAUGGCAGCUCCUGUCUGAAGUCUGUGGAAUGUUUCGACCCGCACACCAACAAGUGGAGCACCUGCGGUCAGAUGGCCAACCGGCGAGGUGGAGUGGGCGUGGCCGCGUGGAACGGCUUCCUGUACGCUAUCGGGGGCCACGACGCCCCCGCUUCCAGCCUGGCUUCACGGCUGUCGGACUGCGUGGAGAGAUACGACCCCAAAACAGACAUGUGGACCGCCGUGGCCCCCAUGAGCAUCAGCCGAGACGCAGUGGGGGUGUGUCUCCUUGGAGACUGUCUCUACGCAGUGGGUGGCUACGACGGGCAGAUCUAUCUCAACACCGUGGACGCCUACGACCCCCAGACUAACGAGUGGACUCAGGUAGCACCCCUGUGUGUGGGUAGGGCGGGGGCUUGCGUGGUGACUGUUAAACUGUGACGGCCCACUUCGGACCUCAGGCCGUCUCCAUGGUUACUCUAAUGUGACUCCAUCGCCGUUCUCUGCAAACAAAAUCCCAACAUGGACGACAGACUUUUCUGAGACAGGAGGCCCCGCCAUCUCGUCCCCAGCGAUCGACGAGGACAUUUGCUCCUGUGGAGUUUGGUUGAACUGAAAUUGCACUCGAGUUGUGUCAAGGCACCGCUUUGAUCGUUUCUCUCGUCUCUUAGAAUAGUGGAUGGGGACCACCCGCUUGUAAAAUUUCAAUGUCCCCCUCCUCACUGUACAAGUAUCAUAAAUAUAACUGGAUUUUCCUGCAAUUCUUUUUGUCCAUAGCCAGCUUGAUCAUAACAAGAAUAGCGCUAGCCAGACUACAGACAGAAACUCAAGUAGUUCUUUCAGUUGUCAUUGUUUUUUUGUUUUGUUUUGUUUAUUCCCGUUCCACAAUUUAUCUGUGGACUAAAAAGUGAAGCAGGGCUUUGUUUUGUUUGUACUUUAAAUGCCCCGGAAACAUACUUUUGAAUUUGUAUUUACCGCACAAUGUUGCGUUUUGCACAAUGUUGUACGUGGAGUAAUUACAUGGUCGCCAAGAUGGAUUGUGGAUCAUCUGCACACCUAUCAGUCUUCUAUGAUGUAGUAGGUGGAACAGUGGAUGGAGGUUACAGAGGUCACAGUGUAAAGCUCUCCACAGCAUGUUGACCACAGUACAUGCACAGGUGCUCUGCAGUGGUGAAAUAUCAAUGGUGUUUUAAUUAGUUAAUACAGUAUAAGUCCCCAAACUGAUUCAAAUGUGCUGAUGGGGCAACAACACAUAACUAAAAUUGGCAAUGGCAAGCUGGUAUGAUUACAUUUUGUCUUUUUUUUUUUUUUUUUGCUGCCUCAUCAUUGUUUGUUUGGAGAGAAACGCAGGAACUGUUGGCCGCAGUUGGUGUGGACAAUUUUUUGUUGCUGCUUGUAGAUUGAGGUGACUUUUUGAGGUAUUUAAUGCGUUUUUUGUCAAGUUCAGGACUACGCAUUCACUGAGAAGAUAGGUGUAUGUGUAAUGUGCUGGUGUAUAACUAUGUGGGGUUGUUUGGGUUGUGGUGCGGGCAGAACUGGGCCGAGGCGUUGAGCGCAUUUUCUUUUACUACAGGACCUGGGAUUCAAGCUGCCGUCUCAUCAUACCUGCCUGUGCGGGGCUAAGC